UUUACAUAAAAUUGUAUAUAUUUUGUUAUCAUAUCAAGUAGUUGCAUGUAAAAAGAAAGUCGGAUUUACCGAGAAUGUAUCUGAACUAAACAACAUUUACUUCAAUGAGGCAGUGAUAUUCAAAAUCAAGGGAAGCAUGUUAGAAUGUGUUAUGCAGUGUCAUCAUGUGACAGAAUGUAUGUCCGUUUCACAUUCAAAUACAUCCAAUGAGUGUAUCGGUUUAAGUGCAGGAUAUGUAAAUGGUAUGAAGGAUAUCAAAGGAAAUCACAGUGAUGGGUGGACCUAUCAUUUAGUUUUAGACAGUCGAUGUCCAAAAAGCAGUGGUUACGUCUAUAGUGAAUUGAUUCAGUGUUGUUAUAAGAUUCAUGGCUAUGAUACGUCAUUACAGUAUGCAGACUAUGAAGCAAAAUGUGGUAUCGAAGGAGCAGAACUGAUGAGAAUAGAUUCCGAAGAAAAACAACUUUUUGUUGGUUUAUUUCUAGAUUAUUUCGACGUUACAAAUUGGAUACUGUUUCAAGGAUCACAUCUAAUCGCAGAAGAGCAUUGGCGAUACAAUGAUGGAUCAAUCUUUACUUACUUCAAUUGGUAUUCAGGUCAACCUGAUUCCAGUGGAACAGCAGGUCAGACAGAAGUCAUUGGUAUGAUGAAGAUUUAUGAUUAUAAAUGGCAUGACCUAUGGCUGAAUUAUAAAGGUGCAUUUUUGUGCGAAAAAAGAACUUUUGAUUGAUAGCACAUUUAUACUAUUUCGAAAACAAACAAAAUCUGGUUUCUCAAACAUCC